CCACAGAAAGUGUUUGAAAAUCCCACAUGACUUUUAGCCUUUCCACUGGCUUACAAACUGUACCCAGAAAGGAAUUCCUUUUUCAAGGAAAACUUGCAGUGUGGAAAAUGCCCACAAAUGCCACACACCACACGCUGUGUUUUUUCUGCAUGGUUUUGGAAUUGAGAAUAGUACCGGUCUGCAGCAAAGAAUAACUGGCUCUGAAGCAAUGGAUACGUCUUAUACUCGUUCAACAACAGGGUCUUGGUAAUUUUUGGCAGAGGAAAUUGCUAGUGUGGAGAUCAUGUGCUCUACGACGAAUAUGCCCCGUUCGGCUUCGUCUAAUCUCCCCUACUCGAUCUUGAUUUUGGUGUUUUUUCUUCUGACCUUUUUGUUUGUCACAUCGCUAGUCGAUUUUACACUCGGUCCCGAGAGGUCUUGGAUCUCGUUCCACUCUCCACCAUGGGCGAGGAGAGUCGGUUUUUCGCGGCCUUUCUCUAGAGACGGAAACAAAGAACUCGAAAGGCCUUCUAGUGUUAUUGGAAUAGCAGAACCUCCGUUGGCUCCUUCCAUGUUGAAUAUUAACAAAUUUGAAGAGCAGAAUUCUAGUACUGAAAGCCCUGCCACGGACACAGCAAGGGUAAUCAAGACAUACACUAAAUUAGAGAGGCUAGAAGCAGCUUUGGCGAAAGCCCGGUCUUCGAUUCGCGAAGCUUCUAAAAACAACAUGACCUCAAUCCAAGAAGAUCCCGACUACGUCCCUCGAGGCCCUAUAUACAGAAACGCCAACGCGUUUCAUCGGAGCUAUCUCGAGAUGGAGAAACUGUUCAAGAUAUACGUGUACGAAGAAGGAGAGCUCCCGAUGUUCCACACCGGUCCCUGCCGGAGUAUAUACUCAAGCGAGGGAAGGUUCAUCAUGGAGAUGGAGAAGGGGAAUUUUUAUCGGACAAGAGACCCGGAUGAAGCUCUGGUGUAUUUCCUUCCGUUUAGCGUGGUCAUGAUGGUUCAGUACCUGUACGUGCCCGGUGCUCAUGAGUACCAUGCCAUAGGGCAUACCGUCGCGGACUAUGUAGAUGUGGUUUCUCAACGGCAUCCGUUCUGGAACAGAAGCCUCGGUGCUGAUCAUUUCAUGCUCUCGUGCCAUGAUUGGGGGCCACACACAACUUCUUAUGUGCCAAAUCUAUUCAAAAACUCCAUCAGAGUCUUAUGCAACGCCAACACUUCCGAAGGUUUCAACCCUUCCAAGGACGCUUCCCUGCCAGAAAUCAACCUCAAGUCCGGCGAAAUCACCGGCCUAAUCGGCGGGCCCUCCCCUUCGAAACGACCCAUUCUAGCCUUUUUUGCAGGCCGGUUGCACGGCCACAUAAGGUACCUCCUUUUACAGCAGUGGAAGGAAAAAGACCAGGACGUACAAGUCUACGACACCCUUCCCAAUGGCGUUCCCUACGAAUCGAUGCUGAAAAAGAGCCGAUUCUGCUUGUGCCCGAGCGGGUACGAAGUUGCCAGUCCGAGGCUAGUCGAGGCAAUCUACGCGGAGUGUGUGCCCGUGCUGAUUUCGGAUGGGUACGUCCCCCCGUUGAGCGAUGUCUUGAAUUGGAAGGCGUUUUCGGUGAGCGUGGCAGUCAAGGACAUACCGAAUUUGAAGACAAUAUUGAUGGGGAUAUCCCAGAGUCAUUACCUGAGAUUGCACAGGAGAGUGAAGCAAGUGCAGAGGCAUUUUGUGAUCAAUGGAACUCCGAAGAGGUUCGAUAUUUUUCACAUGAUUGUUCACUCCAUUUGGUUACGGCGAUUGAAUGUCCUGAUACAGGAUUGAUCAUAUAAUCGGAAUCCAAAUCAGAUCGAGUUUUUAGAAGUUUUGCUUCUACAGUUGGGGAUCAAAUUCUUUGCGAACACUCCGGUACAUUGCUAGUCAUCGGAUCGCGUGAAAUUUAAGGGAUGUGUCACGCGAUCGAACAAUAAAGAAUCUACUGAAAUACUGUUACAUACAAAAACUUUUUUUCUUUUUUCUUUUUUUGAUCUUCAUACAAAAAGUUGAGUGGAGAGGAUUUUAGGAGAUUUUUUAGAAGGUGGUUGUGGAUUGGAGCAAAUCAUAUUUUGAUUAGAGUGACAAUUAUGGGUUUUGGGGUUUCAAUGAUUUUUGACAUUAUUCAUUGUUUAAUUAGUCCUCCUCUAUGCUAAAAGCAAAUAAAUACUCUGUAUAUUUUCCUUCUAAACAACCUUCUCUAAAUGGAGUGAUUUUACGCGAAAAGAAAAGAAAGGGUUGUGUUAUCUAACCAAAUAGGGUGAAAAAAGUACAAAAAAAAAAUGUUUUGAUUGGCUCCUUCUCUCUCACCCAAUCUCACCGAAAAUGAAGAGAUUUGAUGAGAAAGGACAGUCCUUUCUUUUAUCUCAAUCUUUCUCACCAUCCAAGUUAAAGUUUUAAGCCAAAAAAACCCACCUCUCCAAUAAUUUUCGCUGCGACGUCUCCUAUCUUUCACACUCCCUCCUGGGUUCAAGAAUUCCGCUUUACCCAGAAUCUGAAAUACAACCAAAAUCCAAAAUAAACAACACCCAUUACAAAUCCCAACAUAAAAGGCAUUAACCCAGAUGGCGAAUAAUCGGAUGGAGUGAGAGAGAGAGAGAGAAGGGCGGGAAGUUACUUCACAGCCAGUGGCGUCGGAGAGGCUGUUGAUUCUGAUCAAGGGGGUGUUGCCAAUGGCGUCAACGAGCUAGUCCAGUUCUUGAUUUUGAUUCCUUCUUUGUUGACGAGGAUUUGAAUUGAUGGUCGGUGCAGAGAAAGUAGGAGGAGAGGUGGGCAUAGCAUGGAGGCCGCUGCGACACCGGUGCCUGUGGUUCCAACUCCUCGUGU